CGGGAUCUCUCCUGUGUUUUAACUGAACAAUUCCAAUUAAUUAUACAUAUAUUAUAGUAUUAUAUAAUACAUCUAUUUCUGAGUUACUGUCUAUUUCAGAAACAUUACUGAGUUAUGGGAAACUAUUAAUUAUUGGUAAACUCCACUGAAUGUAAAAGGAAUGUAAACUAGUGACAUAUACAGUACAUUAAGAUGGCAGGUUUUAUAGAUAAUAUAAUAUAAUGUGAUAAUAUUAGAUAAUGUUAUUUAAUGUUUGCUUUUUUAAGUGCAUUAGUCCGGCACAUAAAUUGUUGUCAUGCAUGUAAUUAACUGUGUCUUCCAUACGACCAUAUAGCAGAUUAAAUAAAGAUACUUUGAUUGUCUUGGAUUCACUUAGAAACGAAGCUGCAGAGCAACAAGAGGUUGUGAAACACCAGAGCGGGAACUAGCACGUACUUGACAAAAUGUACUGGUUUUAAUUCUGCUCAUCAGUUUGAAGUGUGUCCGUUUAUGCAUCAUUUUAGUAUAACCUUUAAAUGAUGACACCUUUUAAAAGCAGACACAAGACAACUUGUUAAAGUUAUUAUUUUUGACAUGUAGGGAAUUCCAUUUAGCUUGGUAUAUUUGGUCUUGUGGAUGAUUUAUAAUUAAAACACAGAUAUCAAAUAGUAAAUAAUAUAUGUCUUUGGUAUAAAAGUCAGCCUUUUUUGUUUAUGAAGCUACAUACCGUAGUUUGCAUCAUAGUUUGCAACCUUAAUCACGCAACCACAUCAAAAGCUAGUUAAUGCAGGAUCAUGAAAUGGUGAAUCUUGUCUUUCAGGUUGCAUGUUUUGUGCCAGCUGACUAUCAGAAUGCAUCUGGUUCUGUCAGCGUAGAGGUGUGCGUUGGUCAGAAACUCAUCAUCUCCUUGGAGGACUUCUCUGAAUUCCCUGUUUGCCACUGGAUCAGAGGAGCAGACCCAAUACUGACAGUAAAUGGGAGUAACUCCAUGGUCCUACCACCGCUUUCUGAGACAGAUUCAGGGGAGUUUACGCUGAUCUGUGAAACUAGCGAAGGGACCAGGUCCUCACUGGCUGUGUCUCUGCAUGUAGUAAUGAAACGUCCCACAAAACCAAAGCUGACACUGGACAAAGUGGAUAACAAAAGGCGUUCCCCUUUUUUUACAUGCAUCUCUGAGGGCUUCCCAAAGCCCACACUUGAAUGGUCCGGAAACAAUAAUCGGGCCGUUGUUACUGCAAACAGUGUAAUGGCAAUUAGCAGUGUAUCCAGUAGUUGGUUUUCUAAGAGUGGAGUGAUGUGCUGUGCUACCAACGCUGAAGGACAAGAAUGCUCUCAACUCUAUGACUACGACCUGGACACUGACUUAAAUGAAGUUUCCAAUGACAUCGUGAGCCCUGGUCAGUCUUUACUUCUACGCUGCCGAAAAAAACAACAGCCUUCACCUGUGUGGGAGAAGGGCGGCAAAAACAUCAACGGCCCAAUAUUAGAAUGCUCUUCUAAAGUCAAGAACGAGAUUUGCUUUAGAAAUGACGGCCAUGAAAAUAGUUGGAUGUCUUACCUGUUCAUCGAGUCAGUUAAUGUGGACCACAGUGGCACAUACACCUGCAGGAGUCAAAACCACAAAACAAGGUCUGUUGACGUUCAUGUCCAAGCUGAGGGUUUCCUCUCUGUCCAGCUGGAUAAGAGCCUGACCAUACCAGCUCAGAAUGCAUUAAGCUCCUGUUUGCAAGCCAGUGUUUCCUACCACCCUGUGCUCCAGCACUGCUCCUGGGAAGAUCCUGAUAAAAACAUGACUAACUGCAUCAGGGACAGUUGGGUAACAAAACACAGGACCGUAAAGCGAUGUGAUGUACUCAAGUCAGGAGAUUAUAAAUUACACCUGGAGGCUGGCGGAAGAAAAGAAACAAAGACUAUAUCAGUGUGUGUUGUAGACACACCAAAGUUCAAAUUCGGGAAUAACGAGGUCAAUAAACCCUUCACCGUUGAGACCGCAAGUCUCGUGCCAGCAAAUUAUACCUGGAUGUCGUGUCCUUCGAAUGACAGCAUCUGUGAAACAGACUCUUCCUGGAAGGAGAUCCCAGAGGCCUCUCAAACAGACUCAGAUGUCUCCUGUGAGAAGACAAUCAAGAGCUCUCUGAGCAGAGAUCUAGUGGAUGGACAUCGUUUAAAGUUUUGCCUGACAAACUCAAUUGACUCCUGGUGCAAAAUCCAAUACUCAGUAAACUACUCACCGUUACUCCUGCACUCCACAGGUUCUGCAAAUACUGAUGACGGCAGCUUGAUGGUGCUGAAAGUAGGCAGUUUGAUUCUGCUCCUGGCUUUGGCAAUAGUUACCGUGGUGCUCAUGUACUUUGUCAAAAAGAAGAAACCCCAGUAUCAGCCCCAGCUUCAGAUUAUCCAGAUGGUUGGACCCAAUGACAACGAUUACAUCUACAUAAACUUCAAGGAGUUUGGGUACGACCUGAAAUGGGAGUUUCCCAGGGAGAACCUAGAAUUGGGUCAAGAACUGGGCUCUGGGGCUUUUGGCAUGGUGGUCCAGGCUACAGCUUAUGGCAUCAACAAGCCUGGAGUCUCACAGCAGGUGGCCGUCAAGAUGCUUAAAGAGAAACACCAGACGGUGGAGAAGGAAGCGCUGAUGUCAGAGCUGAAGAUGCUGACUCACAUCGGUCACCAUGCCAACAUUGUUAACCUGCUUGGAGCAUGCACAGACUCGGGACCCACAUACCUGAUUUUCCAGUACUGCUGUUAUGGAGAUCUACUGAACUACCUUAAGACAAACAGAGAGCGCUACCACAAGUCUGUGACCGACGCGUUCAACAAGGACCGUUUCAGCAGCCUUUACCACAACCUGCAGCCCAGGAAAAGCUUUGGUGAGCUAGACACAGCAGUGGACAAUUACGUGCCCAUGUACAGCUGUACCACCAGAGGGCAGGAGGAGAUCGCUCUCCUUACCGUCAACUCUGGUGACAUGGACAGCUUUGAAGACCCGAUGAUCCAUGAAGACCUGGACGAUCAGACAGAGGACCUGCAAACCUUGACCUUUGAUGACCUGCUCAGCUUUGCCUUCCAAGUGGCCAAAGGCAUGGAGUUCCUCUCCUCCAAGAAUUGUAUCCAUCGUGACCUGGCAGCUCGAAACGUGUUAGUGACAAAGGGCAGACGGGUGAAAAUUGGUGACUUCGGACUGGCCAGAGACAUCGACAACGACUCCAACUAUGUCGUGAGAGGAAAUGUGCGUUUGCCAGUGAAGUGGAUGGCACCAGAGAGCACCUUUCAGGGGAUCUACACCAUGAAGAGUGACGUCUGGGCUUAUGGCAUUCUGCUCUGGGAAAUCUUCUCACUUGGUGUUACUCCGUACCCGGGCAUGAAGGUGGAUCACAUGUUCUAUUCGAUGAUUGAAAGCGGAUUUAAGAUGGAUUGUCCCUACUACGCCAACGAGUCUGUGUACGGGAUGAUGUGUAAGUGUUGGGCUCUGGAUGCCAGCAACCGGCCAUCUUUCUCCAAACUGGUGUCCUUUAUGUGUGAUCAGCUGACAGACAGAGAGGAGCAGCUCUACCAUAACAUGCUCGACAAGACAUCCAGCGACUACCAGAAUGCAGCGGCCAUUUUGGACAUUUCCGCCUUGACAAAGCAGAACGAGAACAAGACUCAGUCAGCCAAUGAUUACUGUCAAACCCACGCGACUGAAGAAAGCAAAGCAGAAGUGUCCGACACAGACACUGUGGCAGCUGACGAGAAGCUUGUGAAGCCAGCUGAUACGGAGUGAUCCUCAAAUGUUCAAACCAAGGUAUCUAUAUAUAUUUUUUUAAACAGUUCAUAUAAGGUUUUUCUUAAAGCAAUAAUCUCAAGAGUGACAGCAUUAAACGCUUGCUUUAUAUUAUAUUAGAGUAUUGUAACAAGAUUUUAAUUACAUGGUAUUUCAGUGAAUCAUAUUCUCACUAUGAAAAAGUGGUCUGAAUGUUAAUACAGUAUUUUUGUUUUCUAUUAUCAUUGUGCAGCUAAAAUGAAAAACAGUUUUGUAAAAGGAUGCAAAAUAUUUUCAGGACUAUAGAGAUGUCAGAUAUGGAGUUGUAACCUGUUUAUACAUUCGGCCUACAUGCUGUAGCAACUGAUCAACUUUUGAUUUUAGAUUUGAUCAUAUACAUAUCAUAUAUCAUAUAUAUUGUUAUGCAGUGAAAUGUGAUGGCAAUUAUGUUGUUGUGGUCUCUUAUAUUAUACCGGCAGCUAUUACUUGCAGAUCAAACCAAAUGUUUGUACACAUUUGAAGAUCUUUUUUAAAACAAGCUUUAUUUUUGAAAUAUUUUAGUGGAUUUCUUUGUUAUCUCUAUUCGUUUGUUUAUGUUUAAGCAUUAUACCUGCAAUAAAAUGUACUUUACACAUUAAUGAAAUAAAAUGUAUGCAAUGUACAUAUGUCUGAUCUGUCAACCAAAAAAAGAUAUUUUUCGCUUCUUAGAUUGACUCAUUUUAAUAAUUUCCAAAAGUCUGAAGAGGAGUAACUUUUCCGAAUUCACAAAAAAAAAAAAACAAUUACAGAAAUUAUUAAAUUUUAAGCAUUUCGUAUUCAAUCAAUCAUCUUCAUAUCAUACCUGACAUAUAUGUAACAAGGUGGUAAAAUAAUAAAUAAAGUAUAUAAAGGAAAUCUGUGGUGGAAGAAUAAAUCACAUGCCUUGUUGUAACAAUACAGCCCUGCAUUCAAAACCUUACCUAAGCAAAAAGAAGGUCCUUGUCAGUGUUUUACUAUUUGAUGUUUUUGGAUUUAUAUUGCUGCUGCAUUAAUGUGUAUGUUGCAUUUUACUGCAUUGAUGGUUGUACUAAUUUAACUCAUAGAAACUGCUAGUUGUAUCUACAGCAAUGCAUCAUAUUCUAUAAAAUCAUCUUAUGUUUGUAGCAUAUGUGUUGUGUGAAACUCAUGUAAAAAGGCAACUUUUCACGAGCUCAGGAAAAAGCCCUGUUUUCAGCUUUGCGACGGUGCAUUUUUCAGCUGAUACAAAGUGGUUUUUAAACUGUGUAUUCAGCAUAUAAAGAAAGUGAAUUGUUUUAAUAUAAAGGAACACGUAAGCCUAUUUAUUAUUGGAAAAGAAAUAAUCAAAAUCACUAAAUUUGGAGAUGGACAGGAAGGGUAUGAAAAGUUGUAGUGUGAGAAGUAACUAAAGCUGCCAAGGAAAAAGUACUACAUAAGCCUGUGAGAUGUAGUGGAGAAGCAAGUAUGUACAAGUACCUUGAAUGUAUACUCAAACGUACUUAGUUGCCCCUGCAAAUAAAAGUCCGAUACUGUAGGCGUUCCUUUUGGACAGUAGAGGGUGUAGUUUCACCACCUCGCGGGGCAGUAAGAGGCUUCUCUUUAUGCCAAGCUUUGUUUGUUUUUCCUUCAGAAUACGGGCUUUGCAUCCACAUGGUUUAUUUUCCUUCAGAUAUAGACGAAAUAAAGUUUGGUCUUGACCACAAAAGUUCCUUCUAACAAAUAAGGUGAAACAGGUGUCAUUUGAGUUGAUCCAUAUAUUCUACCUUGUCUUACAAAAGUGAAAGAGUGACAAAGUAAAUUGAGUUGUCUGUGCAUUGCGUCCCCGAACUUGCUCUGCAUUUAUGUUGAUGUUGUAAAUUUCCAUAUGAGCUGUAGAAAGAUGUUAAUGUUAUAGUUGACAACAUUUUCUCACAUUUUGCAUUUUAUUACAGAAAUAAAUAAUACAAAAUAAA